AUGGCUAGCACCGACGGAUGUGGGCAACAGCAGGCAUACGACGUGGCAACGCGCGAUUAUUGCCGAGAAGUCGGCGCCAAUUUUCCUCCGCUUCGCUUCAUCAAGGUGCCACGCAGCAAUGGUCGAAACGGUACAACCCAUAUCGAUGGCAGCGAGGACCUGACGCCUUGGUCCUGUGGCGAACUUUGGGUGCUGUUGCUGCUCCUCCUGCCAGAACACAUGCAGGUGGCAGUGUCCCCCGACAUUGUGUACCAGGGCUUUGCAAAGGGCCUGACACGGGCUGUGCGCGGACCAUGGGCUUUGCCGCUGGAAGCGCUUCGCUGUCGAUGUGUGAGCUUGUGCAGAUGCAGUUUUCACUGCAGCAGAAUCAGUUUUGGCUGUGCCGAGAACCUUUCGCGACAGCAGUUCUACAUGUCGAGUUGUAAAGUGUUGUAA